CUGAGGUCAAGGGCAGGAUGGCCUCUGGAGAGGGCCCGGCCUUCGAAGACCUCCCCCACGACGGCACGUGCGACGCCUGCGAGCCGGACGAGGCCGAGCGUGCAGUGCAGCUCUGUGAUAGUUGCGGCUUUUGCUACUGCCAGCCCCACGCCCGUGAGCACCGCCAGAGGUACCGCAGCCACCGGCUCUGGGACUACGGGGGCCCCAACGGGGAACCCGAGGAGCCCGAGAAGCUGGAGAGAAAGAAGUGCUCUGAGCACGACCAGGAGCUGAGCCUCUACUGCAAGCAGGACGAGCAGAUCAUCUGCACGCUGUGCGCCGUGGCGGGUUCCCACCGGCAGCACCUCCUCAGCACCUUGGACGAAGCCUACGAGACCAUGCGGAACAGAGAACCAGUGGAUCUGAAGAUGGCCAUGCUGGAGAUGGUAGAGAGGCUAAAAUUCAAGUGCGGGGACCCCAGAGUCAGCCGGAGCGAGAUGAAGGUCUGUAUCCAGCAAGAAUUCGACAAGGUUCGGCGGCAGGUCUGUGAGGAGGAGCGGAAGGCCCUUCACCUGGUGGACCUCCAGGAAGCCGUGGCCACAGCCCACGUGACAGAGGUCCUGGCUGAAAUCCAUGUCCACAUGGAAAAGUUGAUGGCAGAGAUGGCAGAGAUCAGACACCAGCUCGAUGCCUUCAAUGAGCUGGCGUCAAUGAAACCAGAGAUCAGAGAUGAAGAAUUCAGACUCAAUCCUUUCCCAGCCAUCCCUCCAAACCGAGGGUCUCAUAGAUAUGACGAUGAUGACCCUUCAUCAGCCAACGGGCCCUUCUGAGAGGCAGAAGCCAUUGACUUGCUGGAUGGAAGAGAGCCUUGUCAGGAAAACCCCUCUCCAACCAGCCUGCUAAGCAGGAAAACAUACAGGAGAAGAGAAAAAACAUGAAUGCUUACUUGUUUGUGGCAGCAGUAACACAAAGUCCUCCGUUCUUCAUGUGUAUGUGAAUGUGUGCGUGUUUUCACCCUCUCACUUCUCCAUGAACUUUCCAGCAAGAGCUAUGUCCCCAGCCCCCAGGUUUGUGACCUGCCCCCAGACAUGCAUUUCUCCCAGGGCUGCGCUCUUCUGUGUGCUAUGUGUCCCCCAGUUCUGUCGUAGUGGGAUCAGGAGCACUUCUAUGCCAGACCAGUAGGGUCAUUUGUAAAAUCUCCCAGAAGCAAGUUUGCACUGACUCAGGGAAGGCUCUGCUCUAGACCCGGGAACCCAGUAGAAUCCAGAGGCAUCAGGGUUGGGCAAGGUGGGCUCUUUUGUCUCUGCCCACAACCAACAACAAAAAAAACCAUUUUGGUUCCAUUACAUCAUGACAAAGUUGGAACCACUGAUGGAGCUCUUGUGUUGAUGUUCUCCAAAAGUUUGACCCUGGUGUUUUGAAAGGGUGCGGCCAUUAAUUAAGAUGGAUGCCUUUGCAAUGAAGGGAAGAAAUAGCCAUGUGAGACUGAAAGAUAACCAGGUAUUUUUUCAUUGAUGGGACUGCCCAGGACUUCAGUUUCUUUAUUCAAUGCUGAGAGAUUAACCUUGACUUUGGUGAAAGUUGGCUCAGUUAAUUGGCAUGCUAAUUGCCCGAGUCUUCAAGGUUAUCUUUCAAAGGUUCCUAGGAACAUGUUAUCAGAGCAUGGUUUCUCUUUGGAAAUUCUGUAGAUUUCCAUGUUACUCACCACACAUUAAAAGGCCAGGAUAGUCAUGAAAAUGAAGUGGUAGCUUCAGCAUGGGUUUCUGGUUUCCUUGUUCUUGUUUAAAAAUGAAAUAAGAUCCUUGUAUCCAAGUGAUGUGUUGAAUUGAUCUUCAUCCCAAGUUUAUGGUUUUCCAACAUCUCCUGACUCCUAGAAGAUAACCAUCCUUUAGAGCCCUCUAUACCUAAAAACCUCUAAGUUAUUUCCAGCACUCUAGCUUUUUUUCAAUUCAUAGAGGAUCACAGACACCCAAAGGAUUAGAAGCAGGUGUCUUUGCCUUCUCUUGUCUGCCAGCUCACCUUCCUUUGUUCUGGUCUUUGAGAUACAGCACUAAGUCUCUUUCUGAGCCCUCUAAGCCAGAACCAAAGACAAAAGCCUGAUCCUUGAGGAUGGAAGCCCACCAAGGCCUUGGAGAUGGCUGCCCACCUCAUGACACCUUCAGCUCAGUGAUUUUCUGAUCUGGGCGGAGGUGGGGAGGGGUUGGGAGGUUUCAGUGUGUGGGUGGGCAAUGGUUUGCUGCAACCCAUACCCAGAGUUGAAAAUGGAACUGGUUUUCUCUUGGAAUUCUGAUUUUUGCUGUUGAAA